AUGGAUGAUCAACAAUUAACAAUUCAACAAAUUCAACAAUUGCAUAUGUUAUUACAACAACAGCAACAACAACAACAACAACAACAACAACAACAGCAACAGCAACAACAACAAUUACAACAACAGAAUUUUCAAUUAACUCCUCAAAAUUUUCAAAUACCUGUAAAUAAUAAUAAUAAUAAUAAUAAUAAUAGUAAUAAUAAUAAUAAUAAUGAAACGGCAUUCAAUAUAACUUCACAAAAUAAUUCAAUAGCGGCAAAUUUAAACAAUGAUACAAAUAUUAUAAAUACAACAACAACAACAACAAAUAAUAAUAAUAAUAAUAAUAAUAAUAAUAAUAAUAAUAAUAAUAAUAAUAAUAAUAAUAAUAAUAAUAAUAAUAAUAAUAAUAAUAAUAAUACAGCACCAAAUCAAAAAUUUCCAACAAGAAAAUAUAAAAAACAAAAAGAUAAGUUAGCAGAAUUAGGUAUUGAUGUGGAAUUAUCAAAGAAACCAACAGCAGCUGUUAAAAAGAAACCACCUGCAAAAAAGAGUGCAAAAAAUGCUGCCUCUCAACCAACUUCACCAACUUUAUCAACUACAAAUACUUCAUCUGCUUUCACUACAGCUGUACUAGAUACAAAGAAAAGAAAAAAUCAAGAACUUUUAGAUUAUUCUGAUAAUUCAGAAGAAUCAGAUAGUGAUGAAGAAGAUUUUGAAAAUGGUGAUAAUGAAAAUGGUGAUUUUCCAGGUGGUGGUGAUAGGAAAAAUCGUAGAUUAUUAAAAAACAGAGAAGCCGCUCAACUAUUUAGACAACGUCAAAAAGAAUAUAUAAAUAGUUUAGAAUCAAAAGCCUCUAGUCUUGAGGCUUCCAAUACAACUGCACUCUCCAAAGUGUCUCACUUAACUGAAGAAAAUCAAUUAAUGAAAGAUAAAGUUAGAUACUUAAAAAAUUUUGUAAAACAAGCCGUUUCAAUCUCAUUACCAAUGAGUGUAGUUAAUCAAGAUAAUAUUAAUAAUUUAAAUAAUAAUUUAAAUGGUUUACAAAAUCAACAAAAUAAUAAUAAUAAUAAUAAUAAUAAUAAUAAUAAUAAUAAUAAUAAUAAUAAUAAUAAUAAUAAUAAUAAUAAUAAUAAUAAUAAUCAAAAUAAUUUUAAUAAUAAUAAUAAUAAUAAUAUUAAUAAUAAUAUUACAUUUAAUAAUAACAAUAAUAAUAAUAGUAAUAAUAACAAUAGUAAUAAUAUAGAUAGUUUAUUAUUUAAUUUACCACCAGACUAA